UUCAUCCCUGUCUCCCGGAGGCUGAAUCUCAGCGAACCGAGUGUCCUGUAGGACCUCGGUUGUGCCUCGAUGAACGAUUUUUUUUUUGUGAUAAAGAGAUUUUUGUGGCUUUUAUUGCGGUGAGAUGUAGUGGUGAGUUUGGAGGGUGCUGAGGUACAUCAGGCAACUCUAAAGAACUGUCAUCAAGGUCGUCAUGAAAAUUUAACAAAAGGAGUCUAUGGAGUAAAAAUUUGGAAGCGAAAACUUAAACUGCAAGAAGAUGUCACUGGGAAAACAUAUUGACGGACUGGUUUAUUACUGGUCAUGGAAUUCUUCAAUUUUCGGAGGUUAUUUAAUGUUUGUGCCUCUGGUUUUCCUCCAGAUCCUUACUCCUAAGUUUCAUAGAAAAGCUGUGGAUUUAGUUGUUAAUUAUUGGCAGUAUUAUGUUACGACUCUUCUGUUUCGUAAAAAAUGUGCUAUCCGAGUCACAGGCGAUCCAAUCGACUCCAAUGAAAUUUCCUUGGUAAUAUCCAAUCAUAGAACAAGAGUAGACUGGAACUUCUUAUGGCCGGUGAUGUACCAUGCAGUAACUGGAGAAAAUCGAUGGUGGUGCAGUACUAAGUUUGUCCUAAAGAAUUCUAUCAGGAACAUUCCGGGGGCUGGUUGGGUAAUGCAGAUGGCCAUGUACAUUUUUAUUAACAGAAACUGGGAUCAUGAUAAGGCCAAACUGGAUGACUAUAUUGAAUACGUCAAGGAUAAUUAUUAUAAACAUAUUUUGAUUUUAUUUCCAGAGGGGACGGAUUAUUGCCCACAGACUAAGGCUAGCAGUGAUAAGUUUGCUAACGCAAAUGGUUUGCCUAAAUACGAACACGUACUUCAUCCAAGAUCAACUGGAUUUGUUUACUUGGUAGACCAGAUGAGGGAAAAUCAAUGCCUGGAUGCAGUUUAUGACAUAACCUUGAUCUAUCCAGAUGAGUGUCCACAAAAUGAAGAAGAGUUAUUUUUGCAGGGAAAGUUCCCUAAAGAAGUCCUGGCUCAUAUUGUCAAAUAUCCAAUAAAAACACUACCUGUAUCCAAAGACGACCUAAAAACCUUCCUGGAAAAACGCUGGAAAGAAAAAGAGUCUACCAUAGCUAACUUCAAGAAAACGGGCCAUUUCCUCCAGGGCAAGUUGCUAAAGCAUGACGAAUAUCUCACCCUCCCAUGGGCGUAUUUUACACAUCUAUUCUGGAUCCUUGUUACAGGAUCGCUGCUAACUUUAAUCUACCUUAGUAACGUUUAUUGUUACCUGGUUAUAGGUCAUAUAGUUUCGCUGUAUCUUAUGCCAAUGAUUACCGGUCUAAACAUGUAUAAGUUUCGCAAAAAAAUAUUCGGGCUGUUACCGCGAGUUAAAGAAGGGAAUAAGUGUAAUCGGGAUUAAAGGGAUUAUUUAUUUAUUUUAGGCAAUUGUGAUAAGUAGGUUACAUUUUACUUUUGUACAGUGGCGAGUGGUAAAUAAGAGUUUAUUAUACGGGUUUGGCAAAUUUCUUCCUUUGAUGCCAGAAUGUAUGCAUCAACAUGCAAUAGACAUUUAAGCGCUAAACAGAGAACGAUAAUGCUUCACUCACGCGUUUGUCACUGAGGGUAAAUAAAUUAUACCACACGUCUCGACCAUCUUCAAAAUGGGUUGUGAUUAGAAGGGAAUUAGAUACACUAUCGUUCUCUUUUUAACUUGUUAUGCUGAGACUUGUUAUUGCAAGCUAACAAGUUGGUUUGUCAGGCGUGUAUACGGGCUCGGGUGUGACCAUAGAAGAAAUAGAUAGAGUAAUUUGUGUUGAGAUGUCAAAAGUCUAUAUGCAUUCUUAUCGAAUCCAGACCUCUUCGAGACUUCUUUCCUAGUCUACUACUAUAUUUUAAUUUAUAUUAGCGGAUAAAUUCAAAUACCACUCCGGUAUUGCCACAAUAUUUUUAGGUUAUGUAUACGCAAAGCUUUUUUUUCUAAGGUGGGUUGAGCACUGAUUGGUCAAGAUAAAUAUGUUCUUUACCACUGGCAAUGCCGGAAUGGCUAUGUAAGUUUAAGUAUUAGAAAUGGGUUUGGUGGGAAAGUUACCAAAAGUAUUUAGUUGCCUUUACAAGUCUGUACAAAAAGUUUUAGUUACUAUUAGAAGCAAAUAUUACCAUAAACUUUAAGAAAUUAAAUAUUACCUAUGUCUCAGCGAUCAUUACGUUCAACUUGAGUUGUGGUCAGUAGAAAAGGAGGUUCACUGUCGUUCUCUUUUCAACUUAUGGUUUAGACUUAUUAUUGCAAGUGAAUAUAUUGAUUUACGCACUCAA